AAGGGCUGUGCAUCUUGCUCCAUCUCAUUUUCUCCCAGGCAGACCUCCUGAGCAGUCUUCACAAUGUCCAGAUCCAGCACCUAUUCCAGCUCCAGUUCCUUUGGCGGAGGCUCUGGUAGAGUAUCUGGUAGAUCCAUGGGUGGAGGCUUUUUUGGAAGCCAGCAGCAACGGCCUUCUUAUGCUACCAGCAUGCAUGGCGGUGCAGGUGGCUCCAGAAUCUCUGUUUCCUCCAGUCAUCUGCUUUCAUCCGGUUAUGGCGGUGGAAGCGGCUUUGGCAUGGGAGGGGGAGCAGGUUCAGGCUUCGGUGGAGGUGCUGGCGGCGGCAUGGACCUCCAUGUUGGAGCCAACGAGAAGGCCACCAUGCAGAACCUGAACGACCGUCUGUCCAACUACCUGGAGAAGGUGCGCAGCCUUGAGCAGGCCAACGCAGACUUGGAGAUCAAGAUCCGCAAGUUCCUGGAGAGCAAGACCUCCCCUCACGCUCGUGACUACUCUGCUUUUGAGGCCACCAUUGCUGACCUGCAUGGAAAGAUCCAGGAUGCCACCCGUACCAAUGGAGGCAUCUAUCUGUCCAUUGACAAUGCAAAACUGGCAGCAGACGACUUCAGAACAAAGUUUGAAAAUGAGCUGGCUAUGCGUCAAUCAGUAGAGGCAGACAUCGCCGGUCUCAAGAGACUGUUGGAUGAGCUGACACUGGGCAGAUCAGACCUGGAGAUGCAGAUUGAGGGCCUGAGGGAGGAGCUGAUCUACCUCAAAAAGAACCACGAGGAGGAAUUGGCAGCCAUGAGAAGCCAGAUGAGUGGACAGAUCAACGUGGAGGUGGACGCAAAACAACAGCCAGACCUAAGCAGCAUUAUGGAUGAAAUGCGCACGCAGUAUGAGGCUGUGGCCGCCAAGAACCAAAGAGAGCUUGAGCUCUGGUUCCAAACACAGUCAGAAUCGCUGAACAAGGAGGUCGCAGCCAGCACAGAAGGUCUCCAAACAUCCAAGUCAGAAAUCACAGAGCUCCGUCGCUCCCUGCAGGGCCUGGAGAUCGAGCUACAGUCCCAACUUAGCAUGAAAGCGUCCGUGGAAGGCACCAUCCAUGAAACAGAGCAACGGUACGCCUUCCAGCUCCAGGGUCUCCAGGCGCAGGUGACCAGCCUGGAGGCACAGCUGACGCAGCUGCGCUGUGACAUGGAACGACAGGGCCAAGAAUACAAAAUGCUGCUCGACAUCAAGACACGGCUGGAGAUGGAGAUUGCAGAAUACAGGAGGCUGAUGGACGGAGAGGCCAGUUCCAGCAUUUCAAAGUCCUCGUCUGGCAAGACUGUAAUCAUCACACAGGAACUGCACAAUGGCAAGGUGGUGUCCUCCUCUAAAAGCUCCACCUAAUUGUACUGCUGUCCCUUGACAACCACAAGAAACAUAUGAAAAUAAUCUAACUUCAUAUACACAUGUGAAUGAAAUAAAAGGCUGUGGUUUGCUCACAA